UACUACGUACUAUUACAUACUUCUGUGAUCUGUCAACUAAAACUGUGUCGCUGAAAAUAUUAAAUAAAUUAAAGCGUAAAUUGAACACAUUAUUUCCAUCAUUCAACGUUUUGUACGAAAAACUGUAUUAGCUUAGCCAAGACAACACAAAUAGCACAUAAAAUGUCGGUGUUGGAAUUUUUAAAGGACCUCCCAUCUUACAACGAACAAAAUUUUACGUUGUUUAAUACUGACAAUGGUAUUAGAAAUAGUUCCAAGAGGCCUUCAAUAUACCUACCUACAAAAGACAUUCCUUCUGAACAAAUAAUUGUCACAGAAAAAACAAACAUAUUGUUAAGAUACUUACACCAGCAAUGGGAAAAAAAGAAUAAUAACACUUCUCCUAAGAAACGGGAUCUGAGUAGUGUUGAACAAAAUGGAGACGAGAGGAAUGCUCGUAAAAGACCGCGGCUGAAUUCUCCACUAAACUAACUAAUGUUUACAAUCUUAAUUUCUCAUUAAUUAAGCAUCAUUGACACACAAUGCAAAAUUUUAUGAGUAUGCUAGUUACAGUUAUACUUUGAACCAAUUAUUUUAUAAUUACAUUUAAAUUAAACUUUACAUUAUUA